AUGUUCAACGCCAGGCGAGCUUGCCUGCAAGCCUGCUGGCAGUGGCUGCGCCGCUGGAGCCGCGUGCUGGUGGUGGUGCGGCUCGUGCUGGCGGCGGCCGACAUCUUCGGUCCACAAAAGCGACGCGACACGAUGGGGCGUUCUCCGUCAAGCACAGUGUCUCGCUAUCAGGAUGUUCAAUGGUGUUUUUAUUGCCAAUAUUCCGCCAGUACCCCGCCGCGGAACGCAGCCAGGGAGAUCAAAGACGAGAAGGGGACCGCCUCCAAAACCAGAGUGCACCAGAUGGAGCAGGAUGAGGGGGAAGAACCCGAGAAGAAGAAGAUGAACUACAAAGACGAGCUGCAGACAGAAGAGACACAGACCAUGAUGAGCAUGGUCCUAGAUGGGGCAGCCCAAACCGCCGGGGUGGAUCCGGUGGCAAGCUUCGCCCUGGGCACCUUCUUCGGCUCCCUCAUGGGCUUCGUGUCCCUCUUCGUGGUUCUCCGCAGCUUUGUGCGGAAUCUGCAGGAGGACGAUUUGGAUGGUGCGAACUGGAGCAGCUUCGGCGGGCUUGUGUUGCCCUCCUUCUUCUUUCAGGGGGCUGCCGACAUCUACAGCAACGUGCGCGAGGUGGCGGCGCAAGCGCAGCGGCGGUUCAGGAGCACUGGCGACUUCGAGGACAUCUACAAGAACAUUGAGGAUGUGCAGAAGGAGCAGGUGCUUAACGGCCUCCGCGCCCUGCGCGAUCGUUUCCCAAGGAGCAAGUCUCGGCGCAUUCAGGACCUCGUGGAACGCGAGCGCAUGGCCUCAUCAGUCUACGACCUGGCGCUGCGGCUGCAGCCCAUGGUCCCUGACAAGUCCAACGUCUACAACGAGCUCUGGUCCUUGGAUGAGAAUCGCUGCAGCGUCAGCGGCCGACUGCCCGGCGAGGGCAAGCGGCCCUUCGCAGAUGCGAGCGCGCAGCGCCUGGGGCGGAAGACGUCGAAGCGCCCGCAUCACGCCUGA